CUUCCGGGCUUGCGCACUGCGCCUCCGCCGGGCAUUAGCGGUCAGCCCGUGCGGCCGGCCCAGCUGGCCAGGGAUAGCUGAGAAUGGAAGAGGAUGCCCGUGACAGGAGCUGCUGUGAUGCUUUGUGUUUCAUGAGUGAUCACAUUGGCUUCUGCGGCACUAUCAGAAGCUCUCCAAGUGACUUCGUGGUUACUGAGCUUGAUGAACGGGGAAGGUUGGUCACUAAGCCCCUUGAUGAACUUACUAACAAGAGCCACGUUGUUGAGCCAGACAGUUUGGCCAAAAGGCCAAAACUGGAUCUUCAAAAUGUGUCCGUUGAUGAAGGUAGUAGUCAGGGGGCUAAUGCUGCGGCCAGGUGCCCCAGUGGGGACCCCUGUGGUUCAGACAGGUCACCUGGUGACCAGGAAGGUCCCCUCAGUGGUAGGACAUGCCAGACUGAAGAAGAUGCAGAGGACGUGAUAAGCUGGUUUUUAGAUGGAGAAACAAAUGAGCAGCUGAGUGAGUUUGCCCUGGAUUUGAAAGAGAGGUGGAAUUCAGGGACUGAGCUGGUCGAGUCAUCUGAAUUUCCCUUGGCCAAAACUUGCAGCAAAAACCAGAGGGCUGCUUUACAUACGGCUGUGAGACAAAAAUUUCCUUUUUUAAUAACUUUAAUAAAAGACAGUACAAUUGUUGUAAAACCAAAUCUUAGGUAUAAAGAACUGUGUCACUUGGUGUCUGAAGAAGAAGCAGCUGGCUUUUUUACAUAUUUGAAUGCAAAGGAAGAAAAUUCCACCUUUUCUUUUAAGCCUGAUACAAACAAAGAGCGCAGAAGAGCUGUCCACCUUUUUGUCCACAAAAGGUUUGGGGGCCUCAUGGAGUCCAAGUCUUUCCCCGAGCUGGGUUGCAGUGCCAGAGACCCGAAGGUGGUGGUGACGGUAAGAUUUCGGGACAGAACGCACAAGGCCAGGAAGAGGUCCCUGCUGGACGGCCAGCGGCCAGAGGUCGCGCACACAGCUUUUACCCUCCGAAAGGAAAAUGUGGAAAUGUUUGAAGCAAUUGAUUUUCUAGCUGCCAAACUAGGUGUGACUCCUGCAGAUUUCAGCUAUGCCGGCCUGAAGGACAAGAAGGCCAUCACCUACCAAGCCAUGGUGGUUAGGAAAGUGACCACGGAGAGGUUUAAAGAUAUUGAGAAAAUAGUUGAGAACAAGAGAAUGAGUGUGUUUAACGUGCGGCCUGCAAGCGAGGCCCUGAGGCUCGGCCAGCUGCAAGGAAACCACUUUGACGUCAUCAUCAGGGAUGUAAGAAGUCAGAGUGGCGACUCUGCACCCGUGGCCGGGAGGGUCCUGGAGGCCAUCGAAAACGUGAAGAAUAAAGGCUUUGUGAAUUACUAUGGACCUCAACGAUUUGGGAAGGGAAAGAAAGUUCACACAGACCAAAUUGGAUUGGCCUUGCUGAAGAAUGAGAUGGUGAAGUCUGUAAAAUUAUUUUUGACACCAGAAGAUGUGGAUGAUCCUGUAAAUAGAGCAAAGAGAUAUUUUCUUGAAACUGAGGAUGCCAAAGGCACGCUCGCAAUGAUGCCUGAGUUCAAAGUUCGAGAGAGAGCGCUGCUGGAGUCCCUGCGUCGCUUCGGCCUGACGGAGGAGGGCUGUAAAGAUGUGUGGUUCUGUUUGCCCUACGCCAUGCGCAUGUUCUACGUCCACGCCUACAGCAGCCGAGUCUGGAAUGAGGCUGUGUCUUACAGGCUCGAGGCCUAUGGAAGCAGAGUGGUGGCAGGCGACCUGGUGCGCCUGGGCCCCGUUCCUAACGAGGAGCAAUCCUCCGACACCAAAGUCCAUCUGGUUACCGAGGAAGAGGAAUUGGCUAAUAUGUAUGCAAUACAUCAGGUGGUUCUUCCUGUGCCUGGCUACAGUGUUCGGUACCCAGAGAACCUGGUGGGGCGGUGGUACCAGGAGCUGCUCAGCAGGGAUGGCCUGCAGACGUGCAGCUUCAGGCUGCCUGCUCUGGCUCUGAAGGUACCAGGAUGCUACCGACACAUCGUGAAGCAGCCACACAACGUCGUGCACCAGCUGCUGGAGGACCACGGCUCUGAGGUCAGAGGGGAAGGCACCGCCGGCACUGGAGCGCCUUUGUCUCUUAGGAUCUCGUUCGACCUUGAUGCUUCCUGUUAUGCCACAGUGUGCCUGCGGGAAAUGAUGAAGCACGAGGGUUAACGCUGACACUGCGGGUGCUGGGGUCUGUGUCACUGUGAAGGAAAGGGGCUCUGCUGCCACCUGAGCAUGUGCCAUCUGGAGGGGU